UUUUCUGAAAUCCAUAGUCGAAAGGUGAAUGUUCAAAUUCGUUUUCUUGUAUUAUAUUAUUUACUCAACGCGAUUAAAAUGAGCUGACGUGGAUCUAGUUCAAAGCUUACCACCUAUGCAUUCCAGUUUGUCUAAUCUUUAACGAAUUAUAAGUAAAAAUAAUGGCCGGCGCGCCAGUUAAGUUAGGUUCGAUUUUGUCGUUUUGUAUUGUGUUGUAUGCGGUGUUAUAUCGGAAAGAUAACUUUGAGGACUUAAGGCUGUCGCCUGUGAAGCAACAUCUACUUUAUCUGGAGAACGAGAACAAGGUUGGCGCCGGUAUACGUCAGCCUAAAGUUGCGCUUGGCUAUGGAGCCUGCCACGAUCUCUUCGUGAAUGCAACUUCUUUAUUAAACCCGAAAGACUUGAAAGGAAGCCCAGAACAUUUUAACGAGAUAUCAAGCAAAGAAGAGUUUUUAAAGAGUUUCACAUACUUCUUUAAACAUGGUGCAGCUGCUGAAAGAUUCAUGUCCAACAGCAAACUCUAUGACGAACUUGUGGAGGAAUCUCUAAAGUUACCAGACUCAAGAUGGGCUAUAGGAGGCAACGCACCACUGAUGGCCAAGAGAUUCCAUAUGGAAGGCUGGAAAGUCUUACUUGGCGCCAAAAUGAGUAAAAAACUAAAAACCUCCAUUCCAAGUGAUAUUCAGAUAGUUGGUAGUGAGGAUGAAGAAAUCCGGGAUGAUGUACAUAUGAUACUAGAGUAUAAAGCUGAUGAAAAGUUUGGGCCAUACAAGUCUCCAAGGGCCAAUAGAUACAUUAUGCAUAAUGAUGAAAAUAAUCCACUGUUGACAUCAUUAGAAAUGCUAGGAGAACAUUUACCAAAAUUCAAUCCCAAUUUACUAGUCAUUAGUGGACUGCAAAUGAUGGAUAAUUUUCCAUUUAAGCAAGAAGGCAGAGAUCUAAGGGAGGAGAGGCUUGAUUUAGUGAAGAAACAAAUUUUAUCUCAACCCCUUAACACAUUGUCGCAUUUCGAAAUGGCAAGCUAUGUUGAUUUAGAAUUAUUAUUACAUUUGACUACAAAAAUCUUGCCAUAUGUUGAUUCAGUUGGUAUGAAUGAACAGGAACUGUCGAAUCUAAAUAGUGUAUUAGAAUAUGGCAAAGUAAUUGUAGUCACUGAUUCAAAUCCCAGAGUGGCCACUACAUUGGAUCAACUACGUAAAACAUUCCAGCUAAUAAGACAAAAAAAUAAAGACUAUGGUAGUAAGAGGAAACUAACUCGUAUACAUGUACAUACAUUGGCUUACCAAGCAAUUUUGACGGUCAAAGGUUUUGAAUGGAAGAGAACUAAGGCGGCUGCAGCAAAAGCUUCAUUGACUGCACAUAGAUAUGUGUGUAAUAGCCAAAAGAUUUCAUUGGAUAAGUGUAAAUUAUUGCUUGAUGAUAGUUUUUCAACAACAACUGACGAUAACAAUAAUAGUAGAGUAUUUUUUGAGCCAACAAAACCUGUUGCAUGCUGGGAGGAGGUCUUAGACAAUGAUGAAGUAGAAAUCUGUGUAGCCCCUGUACUCAUCUGUACUGAAGCUCAAUUAACAGCUGGUGCUGGAGAUAAUAUUUCGGCUGCAGGCUUAGUUUUACAAGUGGAAAAAUAAUAUAAGUCAAUUUAGUUAAUUUUAUUGUUGAUGGAUCAAAUUAUUCUUUUGUACUUAGGGGACAAAGUUUUGAGCAAUUUAGCUGUAAGGUUUUUCUCAUGCAAUGGUGUCUACCACUUAUUUAUUAUAACAAUUUAGAAUUGAAUACAGUUUAAUGUUUAAUACAAAUUUGAAAUGGAUUUUAUAUGCAUUUAAUAAUUAAAGUUUCAGAAAUACUUUUAGAAUUGAAAUUUUUGAGCACUUUAAAUUAUUAAACCCUUACUUUUGCAGAAACCCAAAGUUGUAAUUGGGUUCCUGUGCUAUCUUGGGUGCAGUUAGGGUUGCCACUUGUCUUUUCUGGAUUCCAAUAUAACAGCAACGAAAAUACUAGUUUUAAUUUAUUAAUGGAGAUCUAAUACAGCACAAUUUAUUUUAUUAGAAGUAACUAAGUGAACAGGAUCUCUGAAGAUUAUUUUUUUUUAAAUGCUCGUUUUUUUUUUAAAUAAUUUAACUGCAUUCAAAUUACCUUACAAUGCGUUCUAUUUUACUCAGAGGUUAUGAAGAAGACGUAUUCAUUUAAAUAAUGACUUAACUAAUUUAAUUUAUUUAUGCAAUUGUGGAGUUUAUUUACUUUUACUCUGGUAUUGCUACAAAUAUAAAAUACAAAGCUUGAUACCUUGAAAUUGUGCUGCGACCGUAUUUUCUUAUACUUACUUGUGCAUUUUACCACAUUUUGUGAAGUAAAAAUUCAAUCAAAACUUACAUCACAAAAUUGAUGAGAAUAUGGGCUUGUUAAUAUUUCAAAGCCAAGAAAAUCAGGGUCCUGGGCCAAAAGGUGUUUCGACUGAUGGGACAGACCAACAGAUUAAUGUUUGAUUAUGAUGCAAUAAUUCUAUCAAGCUAUGACCUAAUAAUCUAAUAGGGUAAAUCUCUAUUCUUGUGGAAGCACCCAUAAUGGUUGAUUCAGCAUAUCUAUUACUAUCUGAAGUUAACAAAUAAUCUAUUUGUGCUCUGAGCAUUAGUUUAUAGAAAUUUCAUAGAGAAUAUACAAGAUGUUUCAGACUGUCAAUGCGAAUCAAUCCUAAAACUUUAUUAUGAUGUAUGUUUAAUAUCUUUUGCUAUUGAGGCUCUUAUGCAUAAUAUUUAAAAUAGCAUUUUGUUUAUUGAAUCUAUUGUUAUUAAUACUUAAAUGAAUAAUUAUUUUAUUAAUUUAAAUUAUUUAAAAGUACAAGUUUAAGGUUUCUUUAUAUAAAUUGAUGGUGAUUGGUGCAGUUUUUUGCCAU